AUGGAUGCCGUAGCGUACGACAACCACAACCACUCGAGCUAUCCCCGAGCUCACCAGAGUCAACAUCACCAAUACCCUCAUAGCUCUACCUUGCCACUUCCUGUCCCUGGGGCUCAUGGCAGAUCUCGUUCCCCAGACCAGGUCGAUGGUGAGGGCGAGGGCGAGGGUCGCUACCAGACCCUCGACGCUCUCCCACCCUCUCUCCAUGUCUCGACAAGCUUGCCCAUGUCCGAAGUCGAUACUGUAUUUUCCAUGUAUCAGCCAACAUCUACCCAGGCCAGCAUCAUCAGCAGACGCGAUGUAGACAUGUCCGGUCCGGCUCCACCACAUCGUCCUCCACCGUCUUGGAAAGCUGGCCUCGAUGAACCAUCACGUCCUCCUCCUCCUCCACCACCGCCGCCGCCUCCGUCCUAUCUUCGACCUCCAAUGAUAUGGCCACAGUCACUUCCGUUGGGGCCGAAUCGAUCCCCAUUUGGCAGACCCCCGCCUCCACCACCGCCUGGAGAUGCUUUCGUCCAUACGAACCUACGACCACCACUCUUAUACAGCCGUGACGCGGUCUUCUUCCAACGACAAUCGCCUCAGCAAAUACUACCGCCACCGCCGCCUCCACCUCCGCCUCCCCAUACACCCGGAACGCCGACCAUCUCAACAUUCAAUGUUUCCAGCGGUACCCCAACGCAACCCCAGACCCCGAACUUGAGGCCACCAAGAGGGUUCAAUGGCUUCGGCCAAUCACCUAACACGCAGCAGUUAAUUCAAGGAAAGAGCCUUGCAAAUCUAUCAGUUCCUCAAACAAGCCGACACGAACUUGCUGGUUCUACUUCAAGAUCCCCGUCCUCAAGCUAUACCAUACCACGAUUGAUUGACGAUGUGGCCUCCUCUUACGAUUCACUAUCUGAUGAAGACUCUCUUGUCUUUAGAAACUCGCGGCAAUUCCCUCCGCUAUACCCAACUGCGUCCACUCUGAACUCGCAAGGGAGAAAUCGCAAAACGUCCAUGACAAAUCGCAUAACUACUUGGAUAUCCGAGUACGAACGGGAUCGCGCCCCAAAAGAUCGGCUGGACUUGAGUACCAGCCUGGAACCUCUUUUGGAAACCACAAGAGGCGACAGAAGCCAUCUAUCAAAAGAUUCUGUACCUUCUGAGGAUACCCUUGAGCUACUCUGGAUCAAACUCAAAGACCAACGCGUCAAGUUGAAUGAAAUCAAGAGCCAGAUGGCUAAGAAAAGAAAGACAUUAAGAGAGUUGCGUCGAAACAGGGACGACGCAGAUAAUGCAUUCAUGGGUGUCAUCCGACCCAUGCUUAUCACCCACCAAGAACAACUAGAAACAUCACCUGUCAACCUGGAAAGACGCCUGGCAGAUUUACAACGUCUCAGGACUGAGUAUCAAGCUUUUGAAAACGACUAUGAAGAUCUUGAAGUCACUCUCGACGAAGAGGAAGACACGCUGAACAAACUAGAAAUCCGCUUCUUCAGUUUGCUGGCAGUCGAUCAAGUCACCCCCCUCGAAGAACCACCUGAGGAGGAACCCCAGCAUGAACAGGAUAAUAAUAUGCCGAAUGAUUUAAUGGGAAUCCAACCCAGAGGACCUUCUGAAGAUGUACACCCUCUAUUUCUAGACCUCAUGGCCGCAGUCGGCGAUCUCGAGAACGCCAAAGAAGAGCUCGAUGAGCUACUCUUUCUCAAAGAACAACAUGAAGGCGAAUUGAGAAUGAAAUCUGCAGCGGGCAUGGACUUAAAUGAGGCUGAGAUCGAAUUCUUCGACGAGUUUCCAUUGGAAGAAGAGCAGAUGCGCAGUAGCGUCACAAGCCUGGAGCAACAGGUGACAGAUCUCCGAAGGCUCUGUGAGGACAAGGGAGCUAUGAAGAAGCACUUGUCAUCGCGAGUGUCUUAUCUCCUAUACCCUGAGGCCGGAUAUGAGGAUAUAGAACUCGACAACGUCUCUGUAAUCUUGCGCACGCGGUCGGACCUUGCCGAUCCUACAUUCCCUGUGAUCAUGAGUCAGCCUGAGCACGUUAUGGCUGAAGACUUUCCUCUGACACCAAGCGGAGCUCUCAAGGCGGCAGCAGCAUUGCCUGUAACCAACCCAGACAAACCAGGCCGUAUGCAACGCGCGUCCAAGGAAUACUCUAUUGAUCGACUCAUGCUGGACCAUGGCGAGGGUGGAAAGGGUGAUUUUAUCAAUAGAUGGCUUCUACAUCAGCUUCGUCUUUCGUCUACUAACGUACGGUUGCUCCAUACGACGUUUACCCAAAGCCGGGGGCUCAAGAUCCGUGAUCUCGAUCGUUGGCAGAGCGAUGCGCUGCACUAUUGGUGGAAUGACGAGGGUGCAGAGCUGCCCGAAGACAUGAUGCAGCUCGUAACGAGUGAACACUCUAACGAUGGGUCAAGAGUUGGGACAAAUCGUCUUUCGAGGGCAGUUACCUAUACUCCAGGCAUGCCAAGCGGUAGAGAGAGUUAUCCGCCUGGGAGCAGUGUUGCUGCGCACUCUGCCUGGGACUGA